UAUCAUAAUGUGAUCAGUAUAAAACUUAACUGUUUCGUUGAUGGAAUAUCAUUUUGUUUUGAAAUAUAAUUGCUAUUUGGUGAUAAAUAUAAAAAUUCAAAAUGAAAUUAGUACUAUUAUUGACCGUGCUUGCUGUUGUCGCAUCAGGAUUCACGAAUAGCGCGUCUCUUGACUACUCUUCUUCAAGAGCCAAUUUAUAUCUUGGUUAUAUAGGUGCAGGUGAUCGUUUAUUAGCAAGUUCUACAGUCCAAAAGAGGGCGAUAGCGAACACUAUUCAAUCACAAGACGUAGCAUACUACGGGAAUGUAACUACCAGGAUAUCAGCAAUCCGAGCGGUUGAGAUAGGCAUGUCCCAGCGCGCUAGACCACGCCUGAUCUCUGGUGGCAUUGGAUGGAGAAAUGCGACUGUCAGAUUAGAAACUAUUAGAGGCGGUGGUUUCAACUAUAGAGUUGAAUUCUGGGGGAGAUAAAGUUGUAAAAUUUUCGUAUCUGUAAGAUU